AUGGACAGAAUGGACAGAAUGGAUUAUUGCCGCCAUCGCUACGAGGGUAUCCCUUCUCCCUCCCUCUCGCCAGAGGUUGAGUCCUCGAGCCCGGCCCGGGCCCGCAGCCCUCCUCGCUCUCCUGCUCCUGCUGUGCCGGCCGCCUCUGUUCAGCCUUCUCCGAUCGUCUCUGCGUCUGUCGUCCCUGUCCCUUCUCCCCCUAUCCCCUCCGUCCCCGUCGUCCACGACCCGUUUCUUGAUGUCAUCUAUGGCGUGACCCCAACCCUUGUCCCUGCCGUCAACAGAAUUGGCAAUCGCAUGCAUCUGGACAACGACCCCCUCGGCAUCGGCGCCGAGUUGAUGGACGAGUUGGCGGUGAGGAUGGGGUAUUUCAACGGCGAGGUGUAUGUAGGGUAG